GAUGAUUAAAAUGUAACAUAAAGUAGACAACUCUUAGCAACCCUUUUAAAGACAGAGAUUAAAAAUUGAUUAGGAGGUCAAAUUAAAUUUAAUUCAUAGUGUGAUUGAUGAUCAUUUACCUGUUUAUUAGGUUAUUAUCAUUUAUAAUAAAUUUAGGCAGCUAAACUUCACAAAUUAAAGUAUUCUUCAGCUAAACAUAUUUUUAGAAAUUAUUAAAGAGAUACAAAAAAUUUCUUUUCUAAAUAGAGAAAAAAGAGAUUAAUGUGUAAAUGCUAAAAUAUUGUUAUUGAUAUUAAUACAGGAGCAAUUAAAUUGUUUGAAUAAAAUAAUACACUUUUGACUGAUGCAAAAACAAAAAAUAUUAAUGCUUUAAAUAAUUAGAUAAUUUCGAAUUUCUCUAAACUCUUAUAUUUUGAACUAAAGAAUAAUAAGAAUGAUUUUAACAUUAUUUAAAAACAAAGUUUAGAUGAAUAAUUAAUUAACAUAAAAAAGGUUCUAAAUAAUCAAUAUGAGAUGAUGCUCGUAAAUAAUAAUUGA